GUCACCCUACUUACACACAUAUAUAUGCAUAUGCACAUUAUGUAUAAUACAAAUUAUAUUGGCAAAGACUUCUCGACACAAAAUAAAAAGAAAUAGUAUGAGUUAUUUGACCAAAGAAAAGGACCUUGAUAAUGGAGGCGACAGUGCAACUCCUUUCUUGGGAUUAGCCCCACCUCCACUUCAACUACCCGUUGUGAUUGACGGGAAAGCACUGCGAUCAGCGUCUAUUUGUUCCGCAACACUGCACGUUUUCAUAGAAGAAGGGGGUACAGCUACAAAUAGGAAAUGUUCUUCUGAAGAGAAAUCGACUCCUGUCUCAAUAUGGAAACGCUACCUUGGCGUCGGCUACACUCUUUUGGCUGUGAACAUGUUGGCUUUAACCAACACCAUUAUGAAAAAGUACUCUCAUGUUCACCCCUUCAACGUGGGGAUUUGGUACUCGCCAACGGCCAUCAUGGUCGCCGUGAUCUGCAUCAUGUACACGGCGUGGUGGGAGAAACAACCCGUCAGCCAAGGACUCUUCCCUCUCUCCACCCACAAAAAGAACGUCCUCCUCAUUCUGCUGAGGGGGGUCCUGACCUCAAUCAUAUUCUACCUGACGGUGGCCGCAUUCUAUUAUAUUACUGCAGCAGACCUUCGUACCGUCAUCAGUGCCGUGGUCAUUGCAGUGUUUAUUUUUGGCUGGAUGUUCUUGGGGGAAAAGUGCGGAGUGGUACCCACAAUCGUGAGUCUUGUUGCACUGUGUGGUAUCGGGAUCAUGACAAGACCGCCCAUCCUAACGGGGGCUGAGUCUUUUGACACUGGUACUUUGAUUGGAAUUAGCCUGGCAUUUGGGAUAAUGGUGAUCAUAGCCAUACAUCUCGUCGUCAUCCGCUACCUUAGCGAGGUUCAUCAUGGCGUGGGUAAUUUGAUCGUAAUGGUGUGGGGCCUGGUUCAAGGUGUGAUCCUCUCCUGGGCGUUCGGCCAUCUAGAAAUUCCACCGUUUGACGAUAUACUUGGAUUAAGCAUUUCGGGACUUUGUCUCGGACUAGCGAUGACCUUUCUAGUUUUGGCGCUGCAGAACGAGGAAGCUGGAGUUGUUGCUCUUGUGAGGACGAGUGAGGUUAUUUUCGUAUUCUUUUGGCAAUGGGUAAUUGUGGGGACUCAGCCAGAUAUCAUAAGCAUGGUGGGAGCAACUCUGGUGAUUUCGGGUGUAAUUUCUGUUACUCUUAGGAAAUGGGUGGGCACGCUACCAAAGGAUAACCCAACACGGAGAAGACUGCGAUUCAUUUUGAUGUGAUGUGAUUUUUUAAAUUCACUAGAUAAAAAUGAUUUUCUAGUCAUACAUAAUAACUUGAAGAAGGAUCAAGAAGAUCCGAAUAAAUUAUUUUUUAAAAAUA